CAGGUAGCCCACAGGGUUGAAGGCUAUCGGUCAACCAGGCCAAGCUACUCAACUGGAACAACAGUGAACGUAACGGAAUUAUGAUGAGGAUAUUUCAAGUCUUGACUAUUGCGAUCUUCUCAUACCUCGUCGUCGGUCAAAAAAAUGACAAAGAUGAUGAUAAAUUCUCUAUUGGACUAGGCGUUCUCGCCCCCUCCUACCGCCAAAAGGUGGGUACUGGCAAGGAACUUGGGGCGCAGAUUGAUUUCAACGCAGAAGGCAAAGGAUUCUCGUACACCGUCAGCCAAGGAGAUCCCAGCUCAGGCAAGCCAUACAGUUCUAUACAGAUCUCCCGGCCAGCUCCUGCUGAAGCUCCAGAAUCGGCAACACGACCAGUUGCAUUGCCGGCACAGUAUCAACUGCCGCCGCAGUACACUGCUCCAGCUCCCGCGCCUCGUUAUAUAAAUACGCCUUCUGUAAAUCAAGCCUCGCAGCAACAGUACCCGCAAUAUCAGCCCCCGUCACAACAAUAUCAGCCCCGUCCGCAACAAUAUCAGCCUUCUCCGCAGCAAUACACGGCUGCAGCUCCUCAGUAUAAUGCCCCAGCUCCGCCGCCACCUCAAUAUACCCAACCAGCUCCUAUUCAAUACCAGUCAAAAGAACCGAGCACACAGUACGUGCCGACAUCGAACCCAGGGGUACAAUACGCCCCUGCUAUAACACCCCCAUACACGUCUUUAACACCGCAGCACAGGUCAUCAAGCAUCUCGUAUCAACCACAACUGCCAGAAGCUAACCUGCCACAGGUUGCCCCUCAGCCAUUCGGAGGACCGACGUCUACGGCAGCCUUAACUCAAUUCCAGCCACGUUAUCAAAACCCAGCGUCACCUGCCUAUCCGAAUGCACUCGCUGCUCCCCAAACCUACAAUGCGCCUUCAUCAGCCAGCCAGACUCCUGUAGCUGCACCAGACUACAUUCCUUCUGUUCAAAACGUUAAGUACCAGUAUGGAUCCGGUGCUGAGCUAGCUUUUGCUUCGCAGUUGUCCAUUUUUGGCCAACAGAAUGGUCGUCUAAGUUGAAUACCAUGAUAGGUAGAUAAUGUUAAAAAAGACCCUUCGAACGUACUGUACAUACUCGCCUGAAUAUCUGUUCCACCGGCAAAACAUAGCUACAAAGUAUCUGUUCAAAUGAAUUAACCUCAAAGGCAGUUGUUGCGAGGUUACAGCAUCCUUUAUCAUCCUGGUGUGCCAUCGCUAUUGUCGUUGCUUGAUAAACACAGAAUCCUUCAUUAAAAUUCCAACAAGAAAGAGUACAAGUCCCAAAAUAAAGGGACAAUGCAUUGUUCCAAUAAAUAUAACAUUUUAUGUUAUAAUCAUGGAGACAUCAAGAAAAUAAAGAUAUCUUUGUUUGGCUUGUGAACCAAUAA